AUGGAAAACGAAGAAAGGUCACAAUCUGAAACUCAAUACCAAAGAGAGCUUGAAGGAGUUCGGAAUGAUGUGGCGCACCUGACCAGUAUGUUAGAGCAAAUGUUGAGAGCUAGAGAUGGAGAGGGAACGUCUACUAAACCUGAUGAAGCACCACCAGCCGCUCAAGUCCCUAUUGCACCUAUAAACACGGGGGAAAAUACACCAAAUAAGCAGCAUCCUAAUCCUGUUCGGCCCAUCCAAAUCCCUGUUACGAUGGAUUUAACAAACGAGGAUCCACAAGACGUCAGAUUCUCUAAUCAUGAAGGGUAUGAUAAGUGGACUAUGCUAAAAGAGAGGCUAAGGGCAGUUGAAGGAAAUGAUUUAUUUGACCCAAUUAGGGCCGCUGAAAUAUGUUUAGUGCCUAACAUCGUAAUUCCAAAGAAGUUUAGAGUUCCGGAGUUUAUUAAGUAUACCGGAAUGGAAUGCCCAAAGACCCAUCUUCGUUCCUACUAUAACAAGAUGGCAGAAGUUAUCCAUGAUGAUAAAUUGCUAAUUUACUUCUUCCAGGAUAGUUUGACAGGAUCGGCUCUCAGCUGGGCCCCAUACUACGAACAUCUUAUGGGUAGCUCAGCCCAGCAUUUCUAUGAUGUUGUGCGAAUUGCUGAAAGGAUUGAGCAAGGAAUCCGAAAUUGGAGAAUUGCAGAACCUGUAGAGAAGAAGGGUUUUUUUGGGAAGAAAAAGGAAACCGAGAUAGCUCCCUUACCAUUACCGCCUAUGCAACCGCCUUUCCCUACUUGGUACAACCCCGAGUUGACUUGUGAAUACCAUGCUGAUUCGCCUAAUGUGAAUUCAAACCCUCUACCCAAACAUGCUGUAGGUGGUAGUGGAGUGAAUACUAUGGAGGUCAGUAGCAAAGAGAAGGUGUUAAGAGUGACCAUAGCGAGUCUGUGUGAGAUGUUGGUACAAUCUGGACAUUUGGAGAAACCAUCUAAACAUUGCAUGAGGAAAAAUGAUUUUUGCCCAUUCCAUAAAAAGAAAGGGCAUCACAUUGAUGAAUGCAUUGAGUUUCAUCAAAAGGUCGCAAGAAUUUUGACUUUAGGAGAGCUAAGGAUUGAGGCUGCCAUAGAUAAUGAAGAGAUAGAGAUGAUAGAGAAUCAAGGGAAAUACAGAGUCCAAUCAACGGCUAAUGGGCUCUCGAAACUAGUAUUAAUUAAGCCCUCAUAUGCAAACAAAGUAGACUAUGGAGCGAUUCCUCAAGAUUAUGGUUAUACCUUGAAUGUCGAAACUCUUUUAUCGUUGUUUCAAACUGAGAUAAGUGGACUAACUCGGAGUGGUCGUUGUUUCACACUUGAAGAACUAGAGAAGCAAAGAAAGGCUAAGGGCAAGGAGGUGUUGGACCUAAAUAAAGAUUUUGAGGUGAAUAAACCUGUGACUGAGGAAGAAACAAAUGAGUUCCUGAAAUUGAUGAAGCAUAGUGAUAUAGUGGAUCAGUUAAAAAAGACCCUUGCCAAGAUCUCCAUCAUGUCAUUAAUACUCAGCUCCGAGCCGCAUCGUAAUGCUUUACAAAAAGUACUGAAUGAGGCCCAUGACAUAACAAGCCUUUGUAUGUCACGGUACGAUGUAAAGAUUGUCUCAUCGGUAAAGUUCUCAUCGAUAACGGCUCUUAAUGUGUUACCAAGACAUAUGCUGGACGAAAUGCUGAUAGAUCCCUCACACAUGCAACCUAGUGUGAUGAUGGCUAGAGCGUACGAUGGCUCGCCAAGGAAAGUGAUAGGGACAAUUGAGGUCGAACUAGCUGUGGGUCCACAAGUCUUUCUAGUGACCCUUCAAGUGAUGGAUAUCCACCCUUCCUAUAGCAUGUUAUUAGGAAGGCCAUGGAUACAUUCUGCAGAAGUUGUCCCUUCCUUGUUGCAUCAAUGUUUGAAGUACAUUGCUAAUGGUGUCCUAGUGACUGUUAAGGUUGAGGAGACUAUAUCGAUGGUAAGAAAUGUGGCAGUUCCAUUUAUUGAAGCUGAAGAUUGUAAAGAUGGAAAUCUUCAUGCAUUUGAGGUUGUGAAUAUCGAGUGGGUGCCCAAGAACACUGUGGUGAGGAAACUAGAAAUUUCAGAGGCCACCAAAAUGGCUGCUAAAAGCUUUUUGAAGCACAAGAUUCCUUUCCUAUAUGAUAUCGAGAAAGGAAAAUUUGAGUUGAUUGAUAUAAUCAAGCUGAAAGCUGCAGAACAGAGGUUUGGGCUUGGAGAUAAGCCUAAGAAGGAGGAUUACAAGCGAGUUGCUGGUGCAAGAAGGGAGAAAAGAAUGGCGAGGAUUGAAGGAAGAAAGCCUGAAGAAGAGAGCUUAGCCAUCCCUCCUAUCAGGAUUUCUUUUCCAAAGGCUGCAUAUGUGAUGCAACCUAAUAAGGGACAUGAAAACCUCCUUCAAAAGCUUUCUUCAAUAAACAUAAACAGUCUGGAGGAAGAUCAAGUCGAGGACGUCGCUGAGAAGUUUGAAUCCGGAAGAAAGGAUGAAGAGUUGUUGCAAUUAACCAUCUACACUUUGGAGGAAGUUACUGCCAAAACUUUCGUUCGAAAGCUAGCCGAAGGAGAGAAGUUCCAGAAUUGGGAGACCAAGAAGCUCCAUUGGUUUUCAAAAUUAGCUGUAGAAGAUGAGGAAUGGGAGAAGAAAAACAUAGGGGAAUUCACAAAAUUAAUAGAACAGCAUGAACAGGCUUGGAGGCCCGCUAAAGAGGAACUUGAAACCAUAAAUAUGGGUAACGAAGAAAUCAAGAGAGAGCUGAAAAUAGGGACUUUGAUCACCCUUGAAGAGAAAGAAGAAUUGACUACACUACUCAGAGAUUACGUAGAUGUCUUUGCCUGGUCCUACGAGGAUAUGCCUGGAUACAAUCAGAUAAAAAUGGCACAAGAGGAUAAGGAGAAGACAACCUUUGUAACAUCAUGGGGAACCUUUUGCUACAAAGUCAUGCCAUUUGGUUUAAAGAAUGUCGAGGCCACCUACUAAAGGGCUAUGGUGACUUUGUUUCACAACAUGAUGCACAAAGAGAUUGAAGUAUACGUGGAUGACAUGAUUGCUAAAUCUAGAAAGGGAGAAAAUCAUGUCUAAAUAUUAAAGAAAUUGUUUGAAAGACUAAGGAAAUAUAAGUUGAGACUUAACCCGGCGAAGUGUUCGUUCGGGGUGAAAUAUGGGAAAUUGUUGGGAUUUGUGGUGAGUGAUAAAGGGAUAGAAGUUGAUCCUGACAAAGUAAAGGCUAUUCAAUCUAUGCCACCUCCCGAGACUGAGAAAGAUGUGAGAGGCUUCUUAGGAAGGUUGAAUUACAUUGCUCGGUUUAUAUCCCAAUUAACCACAACUUGUGACCCGAUCUUUCGUUUGUUAAGGAAGAAGAACCCAGGAAUUUGGAAUGAAGAGUACGAAGAGGCCUUUGAGAAAAUCAAGCAAUACUUGUUGAGGCAACACGAUGAAACCGGAAGGAAGGAAAGGGCCAUUUAUUACCUGAGCAAGAAGUUCAUGGAAUACGAGUCUAGGUAUACUGUGAUUGAGAAGCUGUGUUGCGCACUGACAUGGGCUGCAAAGAGAUUACGUCAGUAUAUGUUGUAUCACACUACAUGGUUAAUUUCGAAAUUAGACCCGUUGAGGUAUAUUUGUGAAAAGCCCUAUUUAUCGAGCCGAAUUGCAAGAUGGCAAGUUCUAUUGGCUGAGUAUGACAUAGUAUAUAUGACAAGGAAAGCCAUAAAGGGGAGUAUUAUUGCUGAUCACUUGGCUGACCAUGCUAUGGAAGAUUAUGAGUCAUUAGACUUUGACUUUCCCGAUGAAGAUGUGCUUGCAAUCGAGGAAGAGAAAUCAGAUUGGUGGAUUAUGUACUUUGAUGGUGCUGUAAAUGUAUGUGGCAAUGGGGCAGGUGUAGUGAUAAUCUCUCCUGAUAAGAAGCAGUAUCCGGUUUCAGUUAAGCUGCAGUUCAGGUGCACCAACAACAUAGCUGAGUAUGAAGCUUGCAUUCUUGGUUUAGAAGCUACAUUAGAGCUAAACAUUAGAAAGAUAGACGUGUAUGGAGACUCAAUGCUGAUCAUUUGCCAAGUAAAAGGAGAAUGGCAAACCAAGGAAGAGAAGUUAAGGCCUUACCAAGAAUACCUGUCUAAACUGGCUGAAGAAUUUGAGGAAAUAGAGUUCACCCAUCUAGGACGGGAAGGAAACCAGUUUGCAGAUGCUUUGGCUACACUAGCAUCUAUGGCCAAAAUAGAUUUUGGGCACAAGGCAUAUCCCAUGGGGGCAUCCAAAAUCGACAAGAAGUCCUUGAGGAGGUUGGCAACAAAUUUUUAUCUUGAUGGGGAGAUCUUGUAUAAGAAAUCAUUCGACAGGACUUUAUUGAGAUGUUUGGAUGAAUUUGAGGCAAAAAGCGCAUUACAAGAAGUCCAUGAAGGGAUUUGCUCAACCCAUACUAAUGGACACGUGAUGGCUAGGAAAAUACAAAGAGUCGGAAUCAACGCCCCUCCAGCUCCUCUGUUUAACUUGACAUCUCCAUGGCCCUUCGCGAUGUGGGGGAUUGAUGUGAUUGGACCUAUAAACCCAAAAGCCAGCAAUGGUCAUAGGUUUAUUCUCGUGGCUAUUGACUACUUUACAAAAUGGGUAGAAGCCAGGUCAUUUGCUCAUGUAACACAAAAGGUAGUGAAUAAAUUUAUUGAGAGAGAUUUGAUUUGUCGAUAUAGUUCACCAGAAAAGAUUAUAACUGAUAAUGCACAGAAUUUCAAUGGCAAGAUGAUAAUAGAACUCUGCGCUAAAUGGAAAAUCAAGCAUUCCAACUCUUCGCCGUAUAGACCAAAGAUGAAUGGUGCGGUAGAAGCUGCUAACAAGAAUAUCAAAAAGAUUAUUCAGAAGAUGGUAGUCACCUAUAAGGAUUGGCAUGAGAUGUUGUCAUUUGCCCUUCAUGCGUAUCGCACCGUAGUUCGAACCUCAACAGGAGCCACCCCAUACAUGUUGGUAUAUGGAAUGGAGGCGGUUAUGCCUUUAGAAGUGGAAAUCCCCUCAUUGAGAGUAUUGGUGGACUCUGAGCUGGAAGAGGUAGAAUGGGCAAAAGUUAGAUAUGAAUAGCUGAAUCUACUCAGUGAAAAAAGGAUAGCCGUAAUCUAUCAUCAUCAACUCUACCAAAGAAGGAUGGCCAAAUCAUACAACAAAAAGGUUCGACCUCGAGGAUUCCAUGAAGGAGAUCUUGUACUGAAGAAAAUAAUAUCUUUACCAGGAGAAGAUCAAAGUAAAUGGGCACCGAACUAUGACGGUCCUUAUGUGGUGAAGAAAGCAUUCUCAGGAGGAGCUUUGUUGUUAUCUAGAAUGGAUGGAGAAGAUCUAGUUAGGCGAGUGAAUUUUGAUUCUGUAAGGAAAUAUUACGCUUGA